AUGAGUCGACUCGCCGACUCUAGAAUCUCUUUCGCCGGGGUUUCAGAUGCCCCCGGUAGAACACGAAACAUCCCCGUUCUGUCCUCGUCCGGUCAGCAUUCGAGAAUGGAUAGCACCCCUCCGCCCGCGGGCGCGCAUGGUAGCCCCGACGGCGAUCGAAUGAGCGGAAUUACCAAUGGUGCUGAAGGAAACAAUUCCUUGAGUGUCCCUAACCCGGCCAUCGGUGCUGCAGCUGCAGCUCAACAACCGAAAGUCGUUCAAACUGCAUUCAUUCACAAGCUCUACAAUAUGUUAGAAGAUCCCAGCAUUCAACAUCUCAUUUCCUGGUCGGGUACGAACGAUAGCUUUGUUAUGUCGCCCACCUCGGAAUUCUCCAAAGUACUCGCCUCGUACUUCAAGCACACCAAUAUCUCCUCAUUCGUCCGACAGCUAAAUAUGUAUGGAUUUCAUAAAGUGAGCGAUGUGUUUCACACAGGGUCCCCGGACUCUGCCCUCUGGGAGUUUAAACAUGGCAAUGGCAACUUCAAAAGAGGUGAUCUAGCUGGUCUACGAGAGAUUAAACGCCGUGCCUCUAGGCAUGCCCUUAUCCAUCGCGAUUCGUUCCCCGGACACAAAGCUGCUACUUCACAACCUGGUACACCUGCCGAACCCGUGCCCGAUGCGACCGAAGCUAGAUUCAUGAAUCUUGAACACACGCUAUUUGAUAUGCAUGCGCGGUUAUCCCGAGCGGAAGAGAGCAACAUGACAUUAAGCUCGAGAUGUCAGGCUAUGACCGAGAGUCUGACAAAAUGCUACCAAUGGACGCAUUCUAUCUCACGCUUCCUUCAGGCCGUUGUACCCGAAAGAGAAAGUCCUCUCUUUCGCGAUGUUUUGAGCAUGCAACGAGAAGUUGAGAAACACAUUGAAAACGUCCGCGCCCUCGAAACUCCCCACGAGUCGCUUAUGCCCCCACGGCAGCCCUAUUUCGCCAACAUGGCCGAUCCCGGUCCACCUUUAUCUCCACGCCAAAUGCCCCAGGAUGAUUCCCGUCGACAAUCCAUGAUGGACCCCACACCUAGACCCAACAACAUGAUCCGACCUCCCGUCCCUCCUCACCUAUCAGUAUCCCCUCGCCGCUAUGGUUCGAUUGGCGGCGCCAAUUCCACAACAUACGCUCGGCCGCAACCCCCUGUACCGGCACCCCCACAGCAACCAAUGCCUCAUCCUCUAUCAGUCUCAACUUCCCCAGGACCCAGUCUAGCCCGGCGCCACACCUCUGCCGAUAUACGCCAACACGGCUGGUCGCCCUCAGCCGGCUCUCCCUACCCGCCUGGCAACCUUCCCAGUGGCCCUUGGCCUCCAUCUCCGGGGCACCAAACCCCGGUCUCUAGUGACCAACAAGUUCGUGAUGUCCUCGCCCAAUACGAAAUGGGUGCUCCCCGCCGUCUCCAAGAACAGUCCCGCCAUGCCACACCCCCAACUGCCGAACCUUCACCAUCCAUGCUAGGCGUUGACAACGGUUGGACACUCGGGAACUCUAGAUUCCCACCUGGGUCUUCAUUGCCUGCAACGCGUCGCUCCAGCAUGGCGAGCAACGUUCAUUCGUUGCUCAAUCCCGCUGACACCGCCGAAAGACCCGACGAGGACCAGCAGGCAAUGUUAGAAGAUCGCAAGCGGAAACGGCUAGAAUAA